AUGGCUAACAAAUUACCUGCUGCUAGUAUACUUCGAUACGCUUAUUUACAUGGUUUUGCUAGUUCACCAUUAUCUACAAAAGGUGUUGAACUACAACGAUGGUUUCAAAAGAAAUUGAAUUUAUCGCUUGAUUUACCAGAUUUAAAUAUACCAUCUUUUCGAAAGCAAUGCCUUACUCAUAUGGUCGAUCAUAUUGAACAAAAUAUAAUUCAAUCGAAUUCAAAUUGGUAUCUUAUUGGUAGUUCAUUUGGUGGUCUUGUUUCUACACUUGUAGCUCAACGACAACCUAAAUUAAUUCAUUCAUUACUUCUUCUUGCACCUGCAUUUAAUCCUAUUCAAAGAUGGUCAUCAAAAAUUAACAUUGAACAAUGGAAAAAUCAAGGGUUUAUAAAUUAUUUCAAUCCAUCAAAACAAUGUGAUGAACCAAUUGAUUAUGAAUUCUUUCGAGAUCUUCAUUCGUAUCCAUCCUAUCCAAUUGUUACAACUUGUCCUAUUACAAUCAUUCAUGGUUUAAAAGAUGAUGUUAUACCAAUUGAGACAAGUCGUGAAUAUAUGCAAAGAAUUCAUACAAUAAAUCAAUAUUCAACAAAUAUGGUUGAAGUCAAUGAUGAUCAUCAUUUAAGAAAGAAAAAAAGUAUAUAUAUAAUCAAAAAAAUCAUUCUUGACCAACAAAAAUCAGUUAUUGUUAAUACAACAGAGCAUCAUUGA